AUGACAAUGGAGAAGUGGAGAGCCGCGCAUCGUCUGCUUAGAUACUCCUCUAAGAACCUCUUCGAUCGUCAAUUAAACCCUAAUUUUCGGAAUUCAACUCACUUGUCCACUUCAGGCAUGGCGUAUAAUAUGAAUAGAUUUGUUGGAAAUCUUUGGGGAGUGCAUUGUAGGUGUUUAAGUUCAGUGGUGACAGCAACUCAGAGGAAUCCAUUGUUCUCGACCAUAAAUUCUGAUGAUAUCAGGUAUUUUAAGGAGAUAUUAGGGGAGAAAAGUGUAAUUCAGGACGAAGAGAUGUUGGAUGCUGCAAAUUCGGAUUGGAUGCGGAAGUACAAAGGCUCAAGUAAGCUUAAGCUCCAACCUAGGAGCACUGAGGAGGUUUCUCAGAUUCUUAAAUACUGUAAUGCAAGAUGCCUUGCUGUUGUUCCCCAAGGUGGAAACACAGGUCUUGUGGGAGGCAGCGUGCCUGUAUUUGAUGAGGUGAUCAUCAAUGUUGGUUCAAUGAAUAAUAUCAUUUCUUUUGACAAGGUUAGCGGUACACUGGUAUGUGAAGCAGGAUGCAUACUGGAAAAUCUGAUCUCUUUCCUGGAUAACCAAGGAUUUAUCAUGCCACUAGACUUGGGUGCAAAAGGAAGCUGCCAAAUUGGUGGAAAUGUUUCGACUAAUGCAGGUGGUUUGCGCCUUGUGCGAUAUGGAUCACUUCAUGGGAAUGUACUUGGUCUUGAAGCUGUUUUAGCAAAUGGUACUGUGCUUGAUAUGCUUGGGACUUUACGCAAAGAUAAUACUGGAUAUGAUGUGAAGCAUUUGUUUAUAGGAAGUGAAGGAUCUUUGGGAAUUGUAACAAAGGUUUCCAUACUAACCCCUCCAAAGUUGUCUUCAGUAAAUGUGGCUUUUCUUGCUUGUGAAGAUUAUAUCAGCUGCCAGAAACUCCUACUAGAAGCUAAGACGAGGCUUGGUGAAAUUCUAUCUGCAUUUGAAUUUUUGGAUACCCAUGCAAUGGAUCUGGUUGUGAGACAUUUGGAUGCUGUGCGGAAUCCAUUACCUCCCUCGCACAACUUUUAUGUGCUAAUUGAGACAACAGGCAGUGAUGAAACCAAUGACAAAGAGAAGCUUGAGGCAUUCCUACUUCGUUCAAUGGAAAGCGGUUUGAUAUCUGAUGGUGUUCUUGCACAAGACAUAAAUCAAGCAUCUUCAUUUUGGCGUAUUCGUGAGGGCAUAGCAGAAGCAUUGAUGAAAGCAGGGGCUGUAUACAAAUACGAUUUGUCACUGCCUGUUGAGAAGAUGUACAAUCUUGUUGAGGAAAUGCAAAUACGUCUCGGCUCAGCAGCCAAAGCAGUUGGAUAUGGUCACCUUGGAGAUAGCAACUUACAUCUUAAUAUAUCAACUCCACAGUAUGAUGAUACCAUUUUAGCAGAAAUCGAACCCUUUGUUUACGAAUGGACAUCGAAGCACCAAGGGAGUAUCAGCGCUGAGCAUGGCCUUGGACUGAUGAAAGCUAAUAAGAUUCACUACAGCAGGUCACCUGAAGCAGGUAGCACACUUGAAGGAUUUGAGCCACUGUCUCCUCUUCUUGUAAAAGUGUCAUACUUCCUAGGAGGUCCUAGUUUUGCUUAUAUCUGGGACCAUUUAGAUGGUAAAGCUUCAAUAGAUUGGCUUCAAAAUCCUUUUGCCGCUUGA